AUGAAGUUUUAUGGAGCUCUGAUCCUGUUUAUGACUCUGUCAGCAGCAUGUGGAUUGAGAUGCUACUUUUGUAAAGGCAAACACUGCACAACCACGAUGUCUUGUGCUUUCAGCACUGACAGUUGUACCUCCUUUGAGUUGGACGGUGUUGUCUACAAGGGUUGCAUCGACCACUCUGCUUGUACUGGACCCAUAAAGUGCUGUGACACGGACUUGUGUAACAGCGCUGUACCCACUGGUUCCAGUGUCCUCCUCCUGCUGGUAUCUUCAGGCAUCCUCACACUCUUUCUCUGA